AUGGCACCCAAGAAGAAGGAGUCCCUGCUGGAUGCCUGUGCACGGGCGACCACAAUGGGGAACAUCGUGUCAGUACGUAUGGUCGAGUACAUGACUGUCAAGCAUCAGCUACAUGGGUUCCGUGAGCUCGCAACCGAGUUUCUUGACCUCAGUCGCAUCUUGUUCUCCAUCGAGGCCGGCCUGAAUGAGGCUUCACAUUCUCAAAAUCAAUUUCCUCCCGAUAUGAUCCAGGAGCUCGACAAGAAAUUUCGUCAGACCAACGACGACUUCGCCGUGCUGAACCAGAUGCUGACCAAGUUCCUCGAGUAUGAGAGGAAGGGAGGACUGGGGAAGCUCCGCAAGGGUUGGCAUAUCAUGUUUGCUGAUACGGACAUCGACAAGAUCCGAGAUUCCCUGGCCAAGAGCCGCGAAACGUUGCGGAUGAGUGCCCUGGUUUUCCGGUGGUCUCUGGGUUCUGCAAAAGCGGACGCAUCCAUGGGCAUUGGAUACACGGGGCUCUCAGCUGUGCUGGAGCGCCUGAACGACAAAGAACCUAGCUCGAUCAUGCCGGCUCCGGUCACGGCUCCUCCACAUGCACGAUCUCCCGCUCGACUGCGCGCCCCGGAGAUACCUGACACUCUGCCACCACUUCCACCCAUUACAGUGGGAGACAAAGGGUCGAAUUACACGCUCUUCCCUCGUCAGGACGACCUCCCCAGCCCCUUUGCAGGGGUUAUGGAUCGCCAAAGCUUCAAGCACGUUCCUAGUACCCGGUCGAGCAAGCUCACCACGACUUCUGUGGCGAGGGAGAUCAGCUUGCCCACGCAUGAACAUGAACACAGCUCGGCAACGGAGAUCUUGCUUUCUGAUCGUGGAUCGGUCAAGACGGCUGAUUCCAUGACCCAGAUUGAAGACAUGAUCCACGAGAUCGAGGUCAAUGACAAGCUUUCGACCAAAGUCGUCCGCAUCAAGGCCGAUCCGACAACCGUCCCUCGAUGGACUCCCAAGCAGGCGACUGGCGCCAACUCGGCCCCUCUGAAAGCAGCUUUGUUGAGUGCCGUCCAACAGAGGAAGCACAAGAUGGUCGAGCAGUUGCUGGAUUGCGGUGUUCCCCCUGACAGCGGCGUGGACGUCAAUAUUCUCCGAGAAGCAGUCCUCAGCCGCGACGCGGAGAGUGUGCGUCUCCUGUUGCUAUUCGGCGCCGACCCCAAUGCCGUCGAUAGACAUGGAAUCACUCCGCUGUACACCGCUACGGAGAUGGGGUCCCUGGAAAUUGCGAAGUUGCUUCUGAAGUACGGCGGUGAUCCGAAUCUUCCUGCCGGACCGGAAGAUAUGUCUGCCCUUGGGAUUUCGGUCAUCGAAGACCGGGCGGAUUUUGUUCAGCUGUGUCUGACAUACGGUGGCGACGCGAACCUGAACAUGCCAAAUGGCAACACGAUGCUCAUCCAGGCCAUCAAUAAGACGACUCCCAAAAAGCUGCUGGAGCUCAUGUUGAACUAUGGCAGUGAUGUCAAUGGCAAGAACAGCGAAGGUCAGUCGCCCCUAUUCACAGCCAUUCAAGAGAGGAGAGUCGAUUUGAUGACCGUCCUCCUCGACCACGGAGCCGAUGCCAACCUGCCUGGGCCGAAACAUCCGUUGUGGCCGGCAACCUACCAGCCUAAAGCUCUGCAACUUCUCCUCUCGCGCGGUGCCGACACCAGGAAAUGUCCUGGAGUUUUGGAACUUGCCACCAGCAUCAACAACAUCGAGUCGAUCAAUAUUCUGGUCAAUGCUGGCGUCGACCCCAAUGCGAAGAAAGAUGGCAUCUACACGCCGUUGUGCACCGCCAUCCGAGACAACCGCGCCGAGCUGGUGUUAUUACUCCUUGCGAACGGCGCCGACCCGAACGUCAUGGCUUCGGAGUAUCCGGCGUGGAAAUGUGUAUCACACCAUCGUACGCAGCUCCUACCUCAGUUGAUUGCUGCGGGGUCCGACCUGCACAAACCGAAAGGCAUAUUGGAAAAGGCAGUGGCCCAUAACAACAAAGAAGCCCUCAUGUAUCUUCUGGGUCAAGGUGUCAAUCCCAACGAUCGAGGCCCCGAAGGCAAUACGGCACUGACAACGGCGAUCCGCGACGACCGCCGAGAGUUUGUCGAUGUGCUGCUCGCCCGUGGUGCAGACCCGGGGAUCCGUGGCCAGGAAUGGCCUAUCUGCAUGGCUGUCAAGCGUCCAGAAAUCCUCAGGAAGUUGCUUCCCCAUGUCUCCAACCCUCGCGCGGUCAAGGGCGUCAUGGAGCAGGCCGUGGUGGCCAAUCAGCUGGAGAGCAUUAAGCUGCUGCUGAAGGCAGGCGUUAGUGUAGAAGACAAGACCGGUGGCGUGUUCUCGCCUCUGACCACGGCUAUCCGUGAGGAACGUAAGGAAAUUGUGAGAUUCCUGCUCGACGAGGCCGGCGCGGACGUGAACGCCCCAGGCGAGCAUCUGCCCAUCAUCAAGGCGAUCCGUAGGUGUCGCGGCACCGACACGGAAAUCAUCGAGAUGCUACUUGCCCGUGGUGCCGACAUCAACCUCAUGUAUCGCGGCUGGAAUGCCGUUCUUCAGGCUGUGGAGAACGGCGAUGCCAACAUCCUGAGACUGUUAGUGGAACUAGGUGGUGGGGUCGAUUUGCAGGUCACUGACGAGUCCGGAAGAACAGUCAUGGACAUUGUGAAUGAGCGAGGCUGGGAAGAGGCCGUCAACAUCUUGAUUGGAUCGGGUAAACACCAGCAGUAA